CGUUCUCCGCUCAUUCACCUCCUCCGAGCUCCGAGCGGAUAACAAGCAGGAACUGAAAAUCUUGACGAAACUUGAAUAAUUUUAAUGUUUACCACUAACCGUUGGACCCAAGAUUUUGCGAUGGCCAAGUGAUUACGAUGGCAAACUUGCUUGCAUGUCGUGGGUUGAUGGGUGCGACAUAAUUUUUGGAAAAAAGCUGAGACUUGGGUGACUGCUGUCCACUGCCAGCAUAUCAACAGUUUGUUGUCCUCGGCAACGACCCCGCGGAUUUUUAGAUUUCGCAAAGGAAGCCCCUGUAUUUGAUGCGAUAUGCUGUUCGUCGUGUUCAGCUCUGUUGCAUUUGCACUUUUCACCUUGGAGACGUCAGCGUCAACGCACUGGAUCGUCACUGAAAGAGGACGAAUCCAAGCAAAAGACGACACUAUGUUUGACAUGAAAAACCCUGAUGACCUUGUGGGGUUUAUGGAGCUGGAGAAAAAAUUGAUGUCUAUUGAAAACCUUACUCGUCUCAUUGCAACAAAAUCAAAGUACGUCGAGGAGACCAACAAGUACUACAACACCUAUUCCAAGCUAUCACAAGCGACAAUGCAACCUUUGGAGUGCAAAUCAGCCAUUCCCAUUGAGGACUGCAAUUUUUACAUCAGUUCCACCUUAGCUGGCAAUGACUAUAAUACAAUCUUGACUGGCAAUGUAGAAAAUGGUGAUGAUUUUCCGGAGUGCGCCCCUCUCAACUUCAGCAUGAAAUUUUACGAGCACCUGUUGGCCAUGCAAGAUCGGUCUCUUUUGAAAAUGAGUCCCGAGAAGACCCUUUUUCCCUUGUCGAGCAUCGACUGCAUAGGACACCAAGUGGCUGCCCACCUUCAAGUCAACCAGUCCUCCUGGGAGUUGUACAACCUGGCCACCCUGUUCUGGAGGGCCAAAGGUGACGCCCAGCAGGCCAUCAACUGCAUCCGCCAUUCGCUCUUUCACUCUCCUGCAAACAACAAGCACAUUGGUCUCCUCCAUCUCGGAAACGUCUUCCAUCAGUCAAAACGCUCAGCCGAGGCCGCCAUCAUUCUGCACGCGGCCAUCGACCACUCUUCCUACGACCCUGAAUCUCACUGGACCCUGGGCAACAUUUACUCAGUCAUCGGAGAUUACCAAAAAGCAAUUGUGUGCUACGAAAACGCCCUCAAGCUGGACAAAAGUCUCAGUUUGGUCCAACGGAAUCUGCAUUCCGUCAAGUGUCAUGCAUCCAUUAGCCAGGCGCUGACUGAGGCCAUGGACCGGCUGCAGGAGCUGCUGAAUGACAUAGAAGACGCCAGUUUGCUCAAACAGGAAAAAACGCACAUAGAGGGGCUCAUCAACAAGUACAGGGCCAUUACAAACAUAGCGGAAAAGAAUCUUGGCACGGAGGUCGGCACAAGAAUUCUUGAGUUAGACGAUAGAUUGAAAAAUUUGAUGGAAAUGGUACAAACAUUGUCAGACAACAUGGACUUUGAGAAGAGAGUGGAGACAAAGCCGAAUCCAUUAGAUGGAGAAUGCCUUUCAACGGAAGACAUUGAAUAUUCCAUUUUGCACUCUUCUUUUGAAGACAGAAUAUAUAGUUGUUUAAACGAAGAUCUCGGCCUGAAGAGCGGUGAGAACCACCCUCUACCGUGGCAUCCUCCUGUGUGUGAGGAGGAUUUUCGAAAAAAGUUUCCUCAAGUUCCUAAUCAUGUGAUGAAUCAAUUCUUCUCACCCGGAAAGGCAAACAAACUUAAAGCACAACCAGUGCUGAUGAAACACCUGCGCCAGUUUGUUAAUGGGGAGCUUGAAGCUGACGAAGAGCUUGGCCAACGAAUCUAUUCUGCUUUGGAAAAAGAUCUGUGUUCGCGGUAUCUUCUCCGUUCGUUUGCAGGCCUUUACUGGUUUGCACGCGGGGAGCUCCGCCUAGCCACAAAGUGCUUUUUGGCCUCUCUCUUGGAGUCCCCAGAGGAAGAUGCUGUCGUUCCUCUGACGGCAAUGUCAUCAAUGCUGAUGAGCAUGGGCCUCUCGGACGGCGCAAUUUACCUGGCGCUGCGAGGCAUUGAAUCAAACAUGAGCGACGUUGGUGGCAACAUGCUUCUCUCGUCACUGUACCUGCAAAGGGGCGACCUGAAAAAUGCCAAACUGCACCUGCAGCAGGCCUUCCUGAACCGGCCAAGAGGCCUUUUGCGUUCCAUUGCUCACAAUCUUGAGUGCCAUAUUAGAAUUCUCUAUCAUGAAAAAGAGUUCUGCGAAAGCGAAAUCGCAAGUGAUGACGACGAACUGAUGUCCAUGCCAAAUCUCAAACAGUGCAUCAAACUGACCAAAAAUAAAUGAUAGUCCAAGCAAAAAU